AUGGGGGAGAAACCUCACACCCUCCGACCGCCGCCGCUUCCCCUCCUUCCCCCCUCCCGACCACGAGAGAAGUUGCGAGGAAAGAGGACUGACCUACCUUUCCGCUCCAGCGAAGCCGCUGCAGACUCUCCGCGCGUAGAAAAGUCCCUUUUUAGGCCAGGGGCGGCGGGUGAGAAAAGUUUGCCGAUCCGCGAGCCGAAGGGCGGCGGCCGCCCCCGCGCAAAACGAUCCGGCCAGCCGUGGGAGAGGGAAGGGCAGGCGGGGCCACCCACCACCCGACCAGCCUCGGGGGAGGGGGGGCUUCAGCAGCCGGCCACGCGUGCCCCGGCGGACGGGCGACUGGGCUUCGGCAGCGCCAUGUUGCCGCUGCUGUGGCUGCUCCGGACUGCCGGCGGCUGCCCCGACAUGCUGCUCUCGGCGGGGAGCCGGGGGGUGGGUUGGGGUGGCCUGGAGGCGGCGGCGGCGGCUCUGUGCGCGUGGGUGGCGGGUCUGGCGCUGGGGAGUGACUCCUCCGGGAAAGCCGCUCUUCCUCACCUUGCCGCUGGGAGACCGGGCUCCGUCUGCGGCGGCGGAGGCUGCUGCUCGCCGCCUCCCGCCCCCCCCGUCGCCUCCCCCUCCUCCGCCCCGCCCUCUCCACUCCCCCCUCCCCUCCCCUCGGCACUCUGUGAGCGGAGAGGCGGCCGAGGAGCCGCGGGCAGUCGGCCGGCGGAGUUCGUCCGAGCGCCCGGCCGGCUCUUCUCGAGGGCGCCCGUCCCGGGCACACGCAACUCGGCUCCCCCUUCGACCGCGCUAGGGAAGAGAGGAAAGACUCCCCGCCGCCCCCGCCAGACGCCCCGAUCGCUCCCUCGCUCGCUACCCAGAAGGCCAGCGGAGAACCGCAAUUACCAUAAAGCGCCUCGCCCUGCGCCUCGCCAAGCUGUCAAAACCCCGGCGGCGGCGGCGGCAGCCAGACACGAGACCGCCCCGGUUGCCCGCUCGCCCCCUCCCCCCCUUGGCCCCGGCGCCGUGGCUCGUGCUCCCCUCCGUCUCGUCCGCGGGCAAAGCGCCAGCUCCCCCUCCCCUCCCGGGUGGUUUUCUUGUCGCUCCUUCGCUGCCCCCUCCAGGAACGCUGCCGGUGUCACUCGCAACCCACUUCCCCCCGCAGCCCCCCAGGCGGGGAGUCCUUUUCGAGGGGGGAGCCGCCAACAUGACCGCGAGGCGCGCUCCCCUUUGCUGUGGCCACGGCGGGCACGAAGGCCAGUCUCCCGAGGACUUUUCUCCCUUCGGGAGUUCAGCCUGUGCCCCCCCUCCACCUCCUCCAGUCAAGUUUCCCUCAAAAGCCCCCCCCCGUUUCUUUGCCCCUCCCCCCUCAGCGUUCCAUUGUCAAGCACUGAUUGCCCAGCAGAAAAGCGCCUUCCCUCCCCCCACCUGGGAAAGACCUCCCAGCCCCCAACACUCCUCGCACGACCGCGGAAGGAUGCGGGGGGAGGGGGCCCGACCUGCAUGUUGCCUCUUUCCAGGGCAGCUGCAGGCGGGGGCUUGUCUUUUGUUUUUGUGCCGCUUGUGGGCUGCCGAGGCGAGGAGGGGGUGUUUCUGCGCCCCGUCGGCCCUUGGCGCCACAGUCUCUAG